CCAAGAUGAAAGACGAUCUAGCACAGAAAAUUUAGAUACAAAAUCUAGUUCAACAAAUAUACCAAAUGAUAUUAAAAAUUCACCAGCAUCAUCAUCAUCAUCAACACCUUUAUAUAUUCCUAAUUAUACAGAAUCACUAGAAUCAAUAAAACCAACAAUAACAGAUCUAUCAAAUUUACAAAAUUCGGUAAAAUUUUUACAACAAUUUCCAAUUUCUAAAUUAAAAACAAAUACAAUUGAUAAUGACAAUAAUAUUAUUGAUGAUGAUUACGGCAACAACAAUGUAAACAAUGAUAAUAUUAUUGGUUGUGAUGUCAUCAAUCCAACAAUUAAUAUUGGAAAUUAUAGUAGCAGUAGUAGUAGUAGAAAUAAUAAUAAUAACAAUAAUAAUGAUGAUAAUAAUAUUAAUGACCAUAAUGUUAUCAUCGAUGAUGACUGUGAUAUAAAAUAUUCAAUAUCAUUGAAAAAAAAUAAAAUUAUAAAUAAAGAUUUAAAGUCAUUGCAUCAAUUAACUUCAUCUUUACAAACAUCUAAUCAUUCAUCAAGAGAAAAUUUAAAAAAAAAUAUUGAAAAAUUAAUAUCAACAACAGAAACAUCAUCAUUAACAUCAUCAUCGAUAAUAACACCAACAACAACUACAGCAAUAUGUGCAUCAACAACAAUAAAAGAUGAAUAUUCUCGAAUUGAUAAAUCACCGAUACUAUUCUCAAAUCCGAUUAAACAUGAAAUAUCAAGAGAACAAGAAAAUUGUGAUAAUUUAUUACCAUCAAUAUCAUUGUCAACAUUAAAUAAAUCAACAAUACCAUCAACAACAACAACUGGAACAGGAACAUUAGGAACAACCGGAACAUCAAUAACAAAAUUGAAAUCAUCAUCAAAUUUUAAAAGAGAAUCAUCAGCAUCACCUCCAUUACCACCUAGAAGUAUUAUUACCUUAUCAAAUAAUUAUAAUAUAAGUGGUAUGAAUGAAUGUAUAAAAAAUAUUGAAAGUGGUAAUACAAACAACAAUAAAACAAAUAGUAGUAGCAGUAACAGUAAGAAUUCAUUAAAACAACGUAAUAAUAAAAGUGAUAAUAAUAAAAAUAAUAUAAAGAAUGAAGAAGAUAUAAUAUUAACAUAUGAUCAUGAAGAUUAUAAUAUAAGCCAACCACCACAGAAAUCAAUAAUUUCCGGUUUAGAAGCAUGUGUUAAACAAUUAAAAACUGAAUCAUUAAGUAGAACGAAAAGAACAGCAUAUGAAUCAUUUAAUCGAAAUAGAUUAUCAAAUAAUUCUGAUAGUAUUCUAUUACCAUCAACUACAAAUUUAUUUCAAUCACAAUCAACAACAUCAUUAUCACCACAUUCGUCAUCAUCAACGACACCAAUAUCAUCUACUGCUACCACAUCUAAUAUAAAUCAAAUGCCUACAAGAAUUACAAGAAGUAGUAGUCGUUUAGCUGCUGCUGCUGCUGCAGCUGCUGCUACAUCAGGUACUUCAACUACAACUUCAUCUAAUAUUAAUGAUUUUAAGAUGUCAAAUACUUUAAAUGAAAAAAAUUUAAUGAGUACAAAAUUAAAACAAUUUGAAUCAACAAAUCGUCUCACCGGAAAUAAUCGAAGACUUGAACGAGAUUUAAAAAAAUUAAUGAAUGAAAGUGAAUUAGCCAGCCCACGAUGUCAGUCACGUGAAUCAUCUGGAUCUGGUGGUAGAUGUCCAUCAGAUGAUUCAAAUUGCUCCGGAAAUGGUAGUACAUCAGCAGGACCAUUACCAACAAGUCCAGUUGGAAUAACGUUACCAGCUACAUUACCACCGGCAGCAGCUGCAGCGUUAUUACCACCUCAAUCGGCUGCAAUGGCAGCAUAUUUAAAUGUUGCAGCAGCAGCAGCACAACAAAAUCGUUUACUUCUUGGUAAUCCAUUAGCAGCAGCUGCAGCUGGUUUAGUUCAAGCAGCUCAGUCACCGCCAAAUCUACCUCUAGCAUCCCCAAUACAUCCAGAUGAUACAUCCAUAUUAGAUUUUAGUACGAAACGUAUAAGAAAAGAUUCUGAUACAGAUAGUAAAAGUGAUAGCGAUGCUGUAAAUUUAAGUAAAUCAGAUAAUGGAGAGCAAUCUGUUGGUGGUGUUGGUGGAGAAUAUGCUCCAUUAGAUUUAUCAGUCGGUACAAAAAAGCGAACAUCAGAAACUCCAGAAUCGCCAACGUUACAAAGAAAAGUGCCAAGACAUACACCUACAACACAAACGCCCAAUCAAGUACCAACAUCAUGGGUGGCACCUCUUAAUCCAUAUUUAGCAGCUGUUGCAGCAGCUAGUCUUUCACCAAAAAAUCAUUUAGAUUGGAAUGGAAAAUCUAAAAUAUCACCGGUUGCACCAAAUGAUGCUGCCAAAGCUUUAGAAAAAAUGUCUGAGAUGACAAGACUGGGUGGUCCACCAGAAAAUGAUGUACCAAUGCGUAUACCUAAUAAUCAAGUCAGUAAUAAUUCCACCAAUAAUUCAAGUACUGGAAGCACAGGAAGGCACAGUGCUUGGCAAUCACAUUGGCUCAAUAAAGGAGCUGAUGCUGCAAAAGACGUUUUCAAGUGUGUUUGGUGUAAACAAAGCUUUCCAACAUUAGCGUCUUUAACAACACAUAUGAAAGAAACGCAACACUGCGGUGUAAAUGUCCCUCCUUCAGGUAAUUUGCCUACUCAACAAGGUAAUAGCGGUGGUUCAAACCAACAGCAACAACAUCAUCAUCAAACUUCACAAAAUACUUCAUCAAAUUCAUCCAACAGCAGUAAGUCAGACCUUAAUUUAUUAAUUAAAGAAACAAUGCCUUUACCAAGAAAAUUAGUGCGAGGUCAGGAUGUUUGGUUAGGAAAAGGAGCUGAGCAAACUAGGCAAAUAUUGAAAUGCAUGUGGUGUGGUCAAAGUUUCCGCUCCUUAGCAGAAAUGACAUCACAUAUGCAGCAAACCCAGCAUUAUACAAACAUAAUAUCACAAGAGCAAAUUAUAUCUUGGAAAUCAGCUGAAGAAAAUAAAAACUCUAGUGGUGGUGGAGGAAAUAAUGCAGGACAAAAUCCUAAUGCCAACUCAAAUACGAAUAGCACUGUUAGCGCGGUUCUUACAUGUAAAGUAUGUGAUCAAGCUUUCUCAUCUUUAAAAGAUUUAAGCAACCACAUGGUAAAAAAUGCACAUUAUAAAGAGCAUAUUAUGAGAUCCAUAACUGAGAGUGGCGGACGAAGACGGCAAACAAGAGAAAAACGUAAAAAAUCAUUACCUGUUCGUAAAUUACUAGAGUUAGAAAGAGCGCAACACGAUUUUAAAAACGGUGAUAUUAAAGGUAUGCGACCAAAUGUUAGUGAUCUAGGUGCAACAACCAGAAUAACAUGUGAGAAGUGCGGAGAUAAAAUUGAAACAGCACUUUUUGUUGAACAUAUCCGGUUGUGUGUUGGAGGGCAAAUUGCGAAUAAUACACCACGUAAUAAUUUAAUGAAUAAGCCAUUAAAUGCAAAUAGCAUUAUACCACCAGAUUCAAUGAGUCCCCUAACACCAACUUCAAGUCGUGAUGGCAGGAAGAGUAUUGGUGGUUGCGAUGAUAGUGCAACGUCCCCAGCAUCAUCAAAUCGACAUAUCUCUCCACAUGCACCAGAUUUAUCUUCACCAAUAUCAUCUAAAGAUGGUGUUGGUGGAGGUGGUGGAAGUGGAAGUAUUGGUGGCAACAGUUCAGGUGGAGAAAAAUCCUCCCCUUCCGUUUUAAAUGCCAUUGAACAAUUAAUUGAAAAAAGUUUUGAUACUCGAUCACGUCAUAAUACGCCUGGUUUUUCAUCAAAUAAUCAUACGAGUGCACCUCUUGGUUCAAGUAUAUUAAAGCGUCUUGGUAUUGAUGAAAGUGUUGAUUAUACAAAACCAUUAAUUGAUCCUCAAACAAUGAGUUUAUUGCGGUCAUACCAAAAUUCUCAAUAUCCGCGACGGGAGCGAAGUGGUAGUGAAUCAAGUUCUGUGUCUGAUCGUGGAAGUAGUCGUUUAGAAUCACUUACACCAGAAAGAAAGCCAGAUAUGAUGCUUUCAAAUAAUACUUCCCCAAGAGAAUCCCCUGAUAAAACAACAAAUUAUAGUCAUUCAGAGCAUGAAGAAGACCAUAAUAAUAAGAAUUCGUCAGGAGUAAAAGUUAAAAAUGAACCCUUAGAUGAUGAGAAUGAUGAAGACGCUGAAAACAAUAACUGCGAUGAAAAUAAAAAUGAACAUAUUAAUAAUCAAAAUUUAAACAAAGAGAUUAAAAAGGAAUUUGUAAAUCCCGAUGAAGGUGAAAAAAAUUCUCAUACAGGCGGUAUUGAUGACAAUUGUGAAUUAGAUUUAUCGUCAACAGUCAAACAAAAAAUAAACACACCAUCGACAUCAACGGUUCCUAGUCCAAAUCAAUUGCUGCAUUCGUAUCCAUCAAAUUCAUCGAAUAUGGUUGGUAAUACUGCUAGUAAUAUUGGCAUGCCCGGUGGUAGUUCAAUAACACCUGCUGCAAGUCCUUGUAGUGAUCGAUCUACAACACCAAGAUCUACAACAAAUUCAAUAAACAAUGAUAAUAAAAAAUUAUCUGGCAGUGGAAGUUUAAAUGCAUUAUCUUCAAUGUUUGAUAAUUUAACUGGAACUGGUUCCAUAGGUAGCGGUAAUGAUUCAAAUAAUGGUUGUGGUAAUAAUGGUAAAAAAACUACCUCACAUCCAUUAGCCGCAUUACAAAAAUUAUGUGAUAAAACUGAAACAACAUCAAAUAAUAACAGAUCAAACAAUAGUAAUGCAUUAUCAGCUAGUAUAUCCUCAAUGGGUGGUUCAUCACCUGGCAAUAUAUUAGCAUUUAGUUGGGCAUGUAAUGAUGCUGUUAUCACACAAGAUUCAAUUAUUAAAUGUACUUUAUGUGAUACACCAUUCUGUUCAAAAGGUGCAUAUCGUCAUCAUUUGUCUAAAGUACAUUUUGUUAAAGAGGAAAUCACUGAUCCAUUAACAUCAAAAUCAUUAUCAUCAGCAGCAUCAUCAUCAUCUUCAUCUGGUAAUAGUUCCAUAAGUGGUGGUGGUAAUAAUAAUAAUAAUAAUAAUAAUAAUGGUAACAAUUCGAAUGAACAACAACAUAAUCGUAGUGCUAGCGUAUCCUCAAAUAAAUCAUUACCACAUAGUCGAAGUCAAUCACCAAAAGUUCCGAUUGGUUUAAAUUUAAACAAUAAUAAUAAUAAUAAUAAUUCAUUGUCAUCAUCAGCUAUGACAAAUAAAAGUCCAUCACCAUCAACAUCUAUGAGUAAUCCAAUUAAUCAGCAACAACAACAGCAGCAACAAGGACAACAACAACAUCAGCAACAAUCACCUGCAUCCACCCAGAGUCCUUUCGAUGAAAGUCCACAUUCAAAAUUCUUAAAAUAUACUGAAUUAGCUAAACAAUUAUCAUCGAAAUAUGUCUGACAUUCCUAAAGAACUAAUUACAAAUAAAAAAAUGAGAAGGAAAAACUAAGGUAAAUAAUAUUUUACUUCCAUAGUUUAAAUAUUUUAAUAAAUAUUCAUCUAUACAUAUAUUAAUAUAUUAGAUUAUAUAAAAUAUAAGUCUGUUUAAUUUUAAAUAAAAAUAUGUAAUAUAUAUGAAAAAAAGUAAU